UUCCGCUAACUGUAGGCAGUGUUCACGGGCUUACAGCGCUCCUAUACAAUAGGGAAUUUGUAUAUAUUGUUGACUCAUAAUGCAUCUGCUUGCUUCCAAGUUUUUGUUAUGAACAGAAAUUUUAUGUGCACUGCAUGCAUGCAAUGGAGAGUAUAGAGAACAGAAUUAUUUCAUUUACAAGAAACCUACGUCGACGAGAGCUCUCUGAUUAUUUUAGACUACUGUCAGGAUUUUUGGAUCUUGUGCUUGAUAAAUACACCAGAUUUUUGUAGAACCUAAUCUAUACACGCCUUGGAACGAAUCCAUGCAACAGGUCCUUUUCGACUAAUCCUGAAUUUCCUGCUGAAAAUUGUAUUAAUUAACCGGAUUAGAGCAUUAAGCUGGUACAUGCCGAAGAGUGUUCGCACAGCAGACGACAGUCAAACGAUAUACAACGUGCUUAGCCGAUUGCAUAAAUUUGUUGUAUGUGGAGAGACAGACUUCACAUUUCGCGCAGUUUCUUUCAUGUUUAGAUCGUGAUUAUAAAAACAGUUGAUGGGAUCAAUUUGGAUUUAAACAGAUCAAGAUUGACAUGAAGGCAUAAACUAUUAGUAAGUCGUAGAACUCGAUUUUGGAGGACAGAUCUAAAAUGGCGGACAAAUCCACUCCUGAUGAAGACAAAGUAGAAGUGGUGGAAGUGAAUGGAAACCUGAGUGUUGGUCAGCCGGCAAUAAACAGCGGGGAGGCGCCCUCUCAUAAACCGAAAUCUGAAUCUGAGAACGAGGAAGAUCUGAGCGGACCAGGGCAUAGAAGAUAUUCCUAUGGCGAGGCACUGGACAACCACGACCUGGACACGAUGUACGGCGACUCCAUUCCAGACGACUUGAAGACACGUCGUGAGAUGACCCGCGAUGGUCGUAGGGCAUCAGCACGGGUACAACGUUUAGAUUCGAUGAAAGUGUUGCUGCCCUACCGACGCAGUGGCCGCAGAAGGGAAACGAGUCCUAUAGAUUCAUCGGGCCUCUUUUCUUCUAUGCUUCUUACUUGGAUGACGCCAUUAUUCAGAAAAUCUUUCAAUGGUCAUAGUUUGAAGGAGAGUGACCUCAUCCACCUAAGGUCACACAAAGAGACUGCCCAAUCAGCAGCCACAAGGCUCGCGGAGCAGUGGGCCGAAGAAUUAAGGGAGAAAGGUCCCGAUAAGGCAUCACUUGGUCGGGUUAUGAUGCGACAUCUGAGAACUCGUCUGAUUGCUGCAGGCUUCAUUGUAUUCAUCUCAUUAUUAUCAAACUUUGUUGUAAAUCCUUACCUCAUCUACCGCUUGCUCACCCAUUUGAACCAGCCCGAGCCAUCGGUACGACAUGCCUUAUUACUAGUCCUUGGAUUGACACUGACGUACCUGGUCCGUGCUUUCGGCGUCCAUUUUAGUUGGUACCUUAGCGUCCGUACCGCGGGGCGACUGCGCAGUGCAGUCUUGAUGCUAAUUUACACCAAGAUAUCGCGACUGCGCAGUACGGCCGAGCUUUCUGUCGGAGAGAUUGUAAACAUCGCUGUGAAUGACUGCACGCGCAUCUUCGAAGCCUGUCACACGUCUGCCAUGUUCGUGACAAUUCCUCUGUUAACUCUUAUACUCUUCAUCGCCUGUCUCAUUAUGGUGGGAGCAAGUGCACUGAUUGGAAUAGCCGCCAUAGUUGCCUUCUACGUUCUCCAGAUUGGGAUAGCCAAACUCACAGCCCACUACAGACAGGUGGGUGUCGUUGCUACAGACAAGAGAGUUCGCCUGAUGAAUGAGCUUCUAAGCUGCGUUAAGCUCAUCAAAAUGUACGCCUGGGAAGUGCCUUUUUCCAGAACAAUUUCAGGUAUACGUAAGUCAGAAGGACGCAUGCUCAAGCUUUCAGGAUACCUGCAGGCAUUGGCUAUAUCCAUAACUUUUCUCAUCUCACCAGCUGCGACCCUGGCUACUGUUGUAGGCCAUACCAUGUCAGGUCACUCCAUUACAGCAGCUGAGGCAUGGACUCUGAUGUGUCUGUAUAUGGGACUAACUGUAUGUCUGUAUAUGAUACCCACCGCCCUCAAACCUACGGUAGAAUCCAAGAUCGGUGUCCAGCGUAUCAAGGCUGUUCUAUUGCUGAAGGAAAGCGACGAACAGGUGGAGCCACCGGAUGAUCAUCACAUCGCCAUCAAAAUAACGGAUGCUACACUGUCGUGGGUUGAUCCAGAAUCUCUCCAACCAGCAACUGAAAGCGAAGAGGGUAAAGAGCGACAGUACUUCCCAAAUGGUAACUCACACAACUCAUCCAGAGGUGAAAAUUAUGCAGCACGCUUGGAGAGAGAUGCCACCCAGCAAGGAGAUCGGUUGCUUUGGUCUUCGGAUGACAAGUCGUUGCCAUGUGCACUCCGGAACAUUGAUUUGACCGUUCAGAAGGGCAAACUCAUAGGGAUAUGCGGGAGCAUCGGGAGUGGCAAGAGUUCGCUGCUAUCUGCCAUUCUCAACCACAUGUAUACGAUAAAUGGCAAAAUCGAGAGAGCAGGGACCAUCGCAUACGCUUCCCAACAGGCAUGGAUAAUGAACGCUACUGUCAAACGGAACAUCGUCUUCAAUCAACCUUUCGAUAGCAAACGAUAUCGCAAAGCAGUAUUUGCCUGUUCGCUACAACCCGACUUUAAGAUAAUGACCCAUGGGGAUGGGACGGAAAUUGGUGAGAGGGGUGUCAACCUGAGCGGGGGCCAGAAGCAGAGGAUCAGUCUGGCCAGAGUGCUCUAUUCCAACCGAGACAUCUACUUGCUGGAUGAUCCCUUGAGUGCCGUCGAUGCCCACGUCGGACAGCACAUAUUCACACACUGCAUCAAGGACGCCAUGAAAGGAAAGACAACACUCUUCGUCACGCAUCAGUUGCAGUAUCUCAAAGACUGCGAUCAUAUACUUCUCAUGAAAGAUGGGCAGAUAAGUGAAACAGGCACCCAUGAUGAACUACUGGGUCUGAACGGAGAGUAUGCAAGACUCAUCCAGACGUACCAUCCAGAGGAAGAUGUGGAGAAGGAAGAUACUCUGAUAGAAGAUGGAGAGAAGGGUGAAAUGAAGCAAGCCCUGCCCACCGGGGAGGAAGAUGGAAAGAACGAUAGCUUAUCCACUCAAGAUGAAAAGAACACAGGAGCUAAGCUGAUAAAGGAAGAGGAAAUGGAGUCGGGAAUAGUUUCCAUGGCAACAUACAAAUCCUACGUCCACUAUGCCGGCGGCUGGUUCAGGGUCAUAGGAGCAGGUCUCUCUCUUGUCCUAGCCAAUGCAUUCCUGGUGGCUACCAACGCAUGGUUGGCAAUUUGGUUGAGGUCAGCAAACGUGCGAGAUUUGGAAUACCAAGCAGCACUAAACAUGAAUGAAACUUCCACCAUCAACGAUACGUACACCGACUACUUUUACACGGAAACUCCAUAUGAAGAAACAGAUGAGAGCCUCAACCUCGAAGAAAGAAUCUCCUUUUAUGUGGGUGUCUACCUUGGCCUCUUUGGCAUCACGAUCAUCCUGUUCCUGCUGUCGGCAAAAGCCUUUGUCAUCGUGGUUUUCCGUGCUGGCAACAACCUUCACAAUGCCUUGUUCAGACAGGUUAUCAAGAGUCCAAUGGUGUUCUUUGACACAACUCCUCUGGGCAGGAUUCUCAAUAGAUUCUCCAAAGAUAUGGACGAAGUUGAUCUGGACCUUCCAAGUUGCCUACUGCGAUUGAUCUGCUGCUUGUGUUUCGUCUUCAUCGGAGAACUCGGAGUGUGCAUCUUCCUUCCUUGGAAUAUCCUCCCGUUCCUUGUCUUCGUCCCAGCGUGCCUCUUCAUCCUUCGGUUCUACCGGUCGGGAUUCUGCGACAUCAAACGGCUGAACAACGUCUGCAGGUCUCGCCUAGUCUCUCACCUUUCAGCUUCCAUGCAGGGGCAUGCAACCAUUAAAGCGUACUGCAAGUCAGCUUAUUUUAUUAGGAGGUUUGAAGCAUUACUCGACAGCGACACUCAACUCCUCGAGACUGUACAGAUGGCCAUACGUUGGGCGGCGGUCAGGCUUGACUCGCUUGCUGCCCUCAACGCCGGCUUGGUGGCAGUCAUUGUAAUUCUCUGGAGGGAUCAUAUGCCCAAUUCAGUCAUGGGCUUUGUUCUCUAUGUUGUCUCGAGUUUGUGUAUAGGGACGAUCCAGACCACGUUCAUCUCAGCGACCGAGACAGAGAGUAGUUUUAUUGCAGUGGAGAGGCUGUUAGAAUACAUUCAGACCACACCACAAGAGGGAGAGGAAACCAAGAAAGAAUCACAUGACCUUACCAGCUGGCCAUCAGAGGGGCUGGUCCAGUUUACAAGGGUCAAGAUGCGCUAUCAGCCCCACCUACCGCUGGUCCUCAACGACAUCAAUCUCGUCUUCGAGGCGCGGGAGAAAGUGGGCAUUAUUGGGAGAACCGGAUCAGGCAAAUCUUCCCUUGGGGUGGCCCUGUUCAGACUGACAGAGCUUUGUGGUGGGUUCAUUCUCAUUGACGGGAUGGACAUCAGUACACUGGGCCUGGACGAUCUACGGAGUAGGCUCUCUAUCAUUCCUCAAGACCCUGUCCUCUUUAUUGGAACCAUUAGGUAUAACAUAGAUCCUUUCAAUGAACAUCCUGAUCAUGAAUUAUGGGAAGCACUGGAGAAAACACAUAUCAAGCAAACGAUCAGCAACCUAGAUGGGAAGCUUGGUGCCCCCGUCCUGGAGAACGGGGAGAAUUUCUCGGUCGGUGAGAGGCAGCUUAUUUGUAUGGCCAGGGCAUUGUUACGCAAUAGUAAGGUUUUGUUGCUAGAUGAGGCAACCGCAGCAAUAGACACACAUACAGACAGCCUUAUCCAGCAGACUAUUAGAGAAGCAUUCCAAGAUUGUACCAUGCUCAUCAUAGCACACAGACUCAAUACAGUACUUGAUUGUGAUAAAAUACUUGUCAUGGACCAAGGCCAGGUUGGAGAGUUUGAUUCACCACAUAACCUUCUAUCCAACCCAAAUUCCAGACUGUCGGCCAUGUUGGAAGCUACUGGAGACAGGUCCACACCAGCACAGAGCUCUGUAUGAUAGGCAGAACAGCAAGACUAGAUCCAAUGUUACUUGGACCUGUUCUAAGGGCAUAUGCCAGGUCCCAUGAUAGAUAUUUGAUGGACCUGUUCAAGACGCAUGUGCUGGAUCCAAUGAUAGGUCUAGUGUUCUACACUUUGACCUGUUUGAGAGGCGUAUGCGAGAUCCUAUUAUCGACCUGUGCUUGUACAUUUUCUAGAGGAAUAUGCGAGUUCCAAUGAUAGACCUGUACUUGGGCCAGUUCUAGUCGAGGCUGCACGUAUCCAUAGUGGACCCAUUUACCUAUACCUUCACUUCUGGAUUUUGAAUCAGAACUGCAGUCUGUGUGGUCUUGGCAGACAUCGUCAAGACCCUGUUUGAGCUGUGGAUUUAUCCUUGAUGCGACACAUUUUUUGUUUUGAAAUUCAUACGCAAACGAUGCAAAUUAAUGUCAUACAGAAGGGAUUUCCAUGCCUUGGUCCCGUGUCAUGAAGAUGAAUGUUUUCAGUUGAUUUGGACUGUUUAUUGUCUACUAGUUUCAAUAGAUUUGGUCCCGUAACACAAAACUUAGCA